UCUCUGCGCCAACACAGGAAAGAAGCUGGACAACCCAUUCUCCCAUGGAUCCUUGUCUCAUCAUGCUAAUCAACUACUCAAUAUUCUUUCCUUCAAUCCCAUCCAAAUCAAGAUAAUGGAAUUGGAUGGUAAUGACAAGUUCCUACUGGUGGACACCCGUAAGAUCAACUGCAAAAGUAUCCCAUAUCUGAUUUUUUUUUCCCAGAUACAAAUGCCUCUACCGGAUCCAAGGGCUGGAAGCCUAUUCAUAUGGGUAAUCUCUUGCUUUCUGUUUCUCGCCAUUCUCGCCGGAGGCAGCUUCCUUGUCCUGUACAUGAGCCUCCCUCAAACGCAAUCCACUUCAUGGCUUCCUGUUGCAGGGGUGUUGCUUGUUUGCCUUCCAUGGUUGUUUUGGCUGCUAACAAUCUUAUACAGACUCAUUUCCCGGACAUGUGGAUUUAGGAUGGGCGGCAGCUAUGGAGGUAAUGGGGUUCGUGGAGGAGGUGGUAGUGUUACUGGGCCCAGUGGAGGAGGAGGUGUUGGCAGUGUUAAGAAUGCAGCUGCGGACGAGGCAUCUGAGGCUGUGGCUGCCUCCUCUCCUGUGAAUUCUCCCGAACGAAGCGGUGCAAGGCGUGUCCACUUUGGAGCCGCGGUGGUGGUGGGUGAACAAGAUGGCCAAGGUGAACUUGAAAAGAAGAAUGAAAACCAAAUGAGAUCGCUGUCAUCGAGCAAUUCCAGCAAUGAUAUUUCAAUCAAUUCCCAUGAGAGUGAAAUCCCACUGGCAUUAUCCAUGGUAUCUUGACCUGAAAGAAAAUUUUCUUAUCAGAAUCCAAGGACUAAAAACCGCACCAGCAACAGCAUUGCACAGCCAAAUUGGGAAUUGAUCAUUCAUGUCAUCUCAUUAUUUGUCCAAGAAUCAGUGCUACGGAAAUUCAAGAAGACGUAAUCUCUUUCUCUCUAGUUUGUUUUGCAGCACUUGUUACAAUUACUAGGAACACCAAGCCAAGCUCAAUUCAUCAUUGCUUAUUUCUUUGUAGACUUUUGAUGUUUAUAGAAAGAGGUGUAGAAAGUAUUAGA